AUGGUACCACUAAAUGUUGAUUGCAGUGUCCCUUCGGUUUAUCGUACAUUUAUUAAGGAAGCUCCUUAUGUCAGCGAGCUCGAUGAGAAGAUGAGUGUAACAGAAAGCAAGGUAGUGUACGGUUUACAUAGGGUGGAGAUUCACAGAGGUAGUCGGAGGCUCGAGCUUCAGUAUCAACAUGAGUACAACAGCAUCAGUACUAGCAUUGGCUUGACAGAAAACCCCAUGGUCAAUUUCUCUGGAGUUGUAGGAACACCCCUUCUUGUUCUUGGUACUGAUCUUUCUUACGACACUGCAUCCGGCUCCUUGUUUUCUUUUGUCGAUGUGUGUGUUUUUUUCAAUGCUUCUUACUGCCACAUUGAGAGUCCCUUGACCUAUACAGAUGCUGGUGCCAAGCUUGCCCAUAGUUUCAGUACAAAUGAGAACACCUUGACCAUCGGUACCCAAAAAGCUUUGGACCAAUUGACUUCUGUCAAGGCUAGGAUCCACAACCAUGGUAUGAUUAUAGGUGCAGUUGGGUCAACCGUCUAUUAA